CCCAGAGUCACACCGCUCCCAUCUGUCUGGGUCACACUGCUGAGACUGAGAAAGCCCAGAGGACCUGAGAUGACGACUAGCUGUAUGAGGUCAACCCUGGAACCUGAACAUCGUCUGAUGACACAGGACAGCAAACACUACCAGGGGGCGCUGGACAGCUCGGUGGACAGGAAGGAUGAUGAAGACAAGGGCGUGGUUGUCUGUUCAGAGAAUCAGGAGGAAGAGCAGCUGAAGAAACCUCGCAGAAAGGACACACCCGUCCUCAACUGUCAUCCGCAUAUACCAGGAGUGAGGCUGAUGAAGAAGGAGAAGCACUUGGUCCACCUGGAGGAUGCGGAGAAGGAUGUGACCAAUUAAAUGUUCUUGUUUUGUUCGUAAAUCUUCUAUGUUCAAAGUCUCAUUAAAUUUCUCUUUAACCAUUUUAA